CACCGCAUCCAUUUUGGCUCAAGCCAUUUCGGCGUUGGUUGGCUCAGGCUGUUUCGACCCAGGGGGAACUCAGUCAGUGACCUCCGGGCGCCCUCACUGCCUCGGCAGUCUCCGCCCUCAGGCGCUCUCCGAGCGAUGGCGAUGCUGAAGUGCCUGCUCACGCUCUCGCUGGCGACAAGCGCGGCCGCCGUCUCGGAGGCCAGCGACACCACUGCGGCCCUCCGCGCGGAGAUCGCGGAGCUGCGCGCGGAGCUGCGCGCGGGGCUGGAGAGCAGGCAGCGAGCGGAGGAGGUGCACGCGGCGGAGCUGCACGCGGAGCUGGAGAGCAGCCGUGCGAUGGAGGAGGCGCGCGCGGCGGAGGCGGGCAGGCGCCUGGCCGCCGAGGCGGAGGAGAGGCGCCUGUCGUCGGAUGCCACGGUCAGCGCGAUGACCAUGAUGUUCAUGCACGCGGGCUUCACGAUGCUGGAGACGGGCUGCUGCAGGGCCAAGAACGCGUCGAACGUGCUGAUGAAGAACCUCGUGAACGUCUGCCUGGGCACGAUCGGGUGGUGGGCCGUAGGGUACGGGUUCGCCUAUGGCGUGGGAGAUAAUGUGCCCGCGGAGGACGCAGGAGGGAACGGCUUCAUCGGCUUGAACGGCUUUUUCGCCCACGACUAUCUCUUCGAGGAUCCCGACGGGAAUCAUUCCUCUGAUGGCACACAGCUGGCCUGGUUCUUCCAGUGGGCCUUCUGCACCGUCGGCGCCACCAUUGUCAGUGGCGCAGUCGCCGAGCGGGUGCUCAGCUCCACAUACGGGUUCUACGUCCUCAUCAUGACUGGAUUCAUAUAUCCUGUGGUCGUCGCGUGGACUUGGGGCUACGGGUGGAUCAUGAUGUUGUUUGAUGUCGGCGUCAUCGACUUCGCGGGCAGCGGCAUCGUCCACUUGACUGGGGGCAUCAGCGGGCUCGCGGGCACCGUUGUGCUGGGUCCGCGCAAGGGCCGGUGGGAGAAUCCGGAAGCUUUUGAUCCGCACAAUUUGCCUCUCGUCGUGCUGGGCACUUUCAUCCUGUGGUUUGGCUGGUACGGCUUCAACUGCGGCUCCACCCUCGGAAUGGACCAGGAUGCGGGCCUGCUGGCCGCUCACGUGGCCAUGAACACCACCCUUGCCGCGGCGACUGGAGGCAUCGUGGUCUUCUUCCUUCGCUUCGCCAUCUACAGGUACUACGACGUGGGCGGCCUGUGCAACGGCAUCCUGGCGGGCCUCGUGUCGAUCACCGCGCCCUGCGGCAACGUGGAGGCUGGCUCCGCGGUGGUGAUCGGGCUGAUCGGCGCCAUCCUGUACCAGCUCGCGUCCAUGCUGCUCCGCAAGCUCAAGAUCGACGACCCCGUGGACGCGGUCCCAGUCCACGGCGCUUGCGGCAUCUGGGGCGUGCUCGCCGCGGUCUUCUUCGACAUGGGAACGCUUGGGGGCAAUGACCACUUCCACGGCUGGAGCGGCUUCGGCUGCAUGACCAACGAAGAGGGCGAAUGCGCGGAGGGCCUGUUUGUCGACGCCCUGCUGGCGCACCUCAUCAUGAUCGGCGUCAUAAUUGCCUGGUCUGGGAUCCUCUCCGGCGUCGUCUUCUUCUUGCUCAAGCUGACCGGCUGCUUGCGCAUCGACUCGGAGACAGAGGACGACGUCGGGGUGGACGCCAGGAAGCACUCCCCGAGCAAGGCCUACAGCAUGGGGGACAGCACGCCUGGGAACGCGCAGAACGCGGACACCGAGGCCAUCUGAGCCGUCCUCCGGUCGUGAGAGCGGACCGGGCAGCAGCCGACCGGGAGCGGGUGGCCCUCGGCCCCGGGGGCCUGACAUGCUUUUUCAGAGCGGGGGGGGGGUGCCUGAGGAGGGCGAGCAUCACUCCACCGGCAGGAGCCCCCGGAGGAGCUUCGGGCAGAGGGCCGCAGUGUGCGUCCCCGAGCCUCCCCGAGGAUCGGGGCUUCUGGACGUUUUUUUGUCCCGUGUUCGGGGCGGGGGCUGACGGAUCGCGGGCAAGGCCGAGACCACCAGAGGCGCUUUGGGGCAAAGGCUCCCCGGGGCGAGGGGCUCUGCGGGCGGCCGCCCCGUCCUCAGAGCCCGAGGCGUGGUGACUUGGCCACGCCCUCUGCGCUCCCUCCCUUCCCUCCCCUUGCUUGUUCUCUUUCCUUCUCCUCCCCCCCUCGGCGUGCAUGAUAGUGGCGAGGUGGAGCCCCGCCAGGUCUUCGACUAGCUUUUGCUUUCUCGAGGAGAUACUCGGCGCGGAUAUGCUUUAGGAGAAGCAUCAGGUCCCGUGCGCAACCAGGGUAUAAAGCAAAGCGCAUCACACAGCACGAAGCGACCGACCCGCCCAGCCCACGAGGCGCCCACGAGGCGCCCACGAGCACUGCUAAGCAAUGCCGUUAAGGAGGCGUUCCCACCAUUGGGGUUGCGCCGAGUUCUUUUUGUUCCGCACGUGCCGCAUCAUUGCUACCCUGCAUGCCGCGCGCUUGUCCGCAGCAGUACGUCGUACGUGCUGUGCCCAGCGUGCGCACUGCACAUCUUGGUUCUGUUCUGCGCUCCGUGCAGCUCUAUACGCCCUGCGCGCGGUACUUCAAGCGCGUCGUUGAUUGGUUGCUGUGUUCCUCGUCAUGCGUUGCCUCCUCCCCUCCCCUCCCAUCCCUUGGCCUGCUCUCCUUUCCCUC